UGAUCUUUAUUUAUUUUGCAGUGUCAGAGAUCAAACUCAGAGCUUGGAAUGCGCUGGGCAAAGUGCCUAUGACUGAGCUAAAGCCCCAACUCUUCUCUCGAGACUGAAUCUCAAUGUGUAGAACAAACUGGCCUUCAACCUGUUAUCCCGCUUCUUGCCUCUUGAGGGGAUUAGCGUAUACCGCUACUAAGCCCACAAUUCGUUUACGAAUGUGUAAAACAUAUUACACUGAGCAGGAACUUGGAUGGAUUCUGCUUUUAAUUUCAGCUCUCAGAAUGCAGAGGAGUUUGAGACCACUCGAUCUACAUAAAAGAGUUCCAAUACAGCCAGGGUUACAUCCCGGGACCUUAUCUCAGAAAUAGAAAGAGCAUUUUCGGCCCAGAUCAUUAUUACAUCACAUCACCUCCCGCCGGGACACACGAGCCUCCCUUUUCCGCCGAACCCGGGCGGUUGGGGUUCUAAAGCGGUUCUCUCUGCCAUGAACCUUCCCGCGUUGCCCUCUCUAGGCCCCUCUAGCCCUUCCGGGGUCCCGCAACACCUUUCUUUCCUUUCAGUUGCAUCUCAGGUUCUUCCAUAGCGAAGGUAGCCAGUAGAGCCAAAAAAACGGAACCGGAAGUCGGAAGGCUGGACAGGGGUGCGCAGGCGCAGUGGAGGAGUUCUCCUGUAGGAAUAGUCCUGGCGUAUUAAGUUGCUGCUCUAUGUCCCAGCAGAAGAAGCUAGAGGACUGGGCGUCCGGUCACCAACUUGCUCCUCACGAGAUCUACUGGACUAGAAAAGUUUGUGAACAGAGCUUCCCGAGUUUUGGGAGAGCCAGGCUGGCAGCGUAAGGGAACGGAGGAGGCUGGAGGGAGCUUCCUCGAUGGAGCCCACUCAGGUUGCAGAGAACCUCAUCCCAAACCAGCAGUCCCUUGCUCCUGACCUAGAGGAUCCUGAGGACCGCAGAGAUGAAUCCCCAGAUAGCUCUGACACUGUCGUCCUCAGUCUGUUCCCCUGCACCCCAGACGCUGUGAAUCCUGAGGCAGAUGCCAGUGCAUCCUCACUACAGGUUCCUGCAGCAUCUGUCUGGACACCCUUGGCACAAGCCCAAACACCAGGGGAACAAGCCCUUCCUCUCCUCGCAGGAAGUUUCUUGAAGCACUCCACAACCCUCACAAACCGGCAACGUGGGAAUGAGGUCUCAGCUCUGCCAGCCACCCUGGACUCCCUGUCUAUCCACCAGCUUGCAGCCCAGGGGGAGCUGAGUCAACUGAAGGAUCACCUGCGAAAGGGUGACAACCUGGUCAACAAGCCGGAUGAACGUGGCUUCACCCCCCUCAUCUGGGCCUCAGCCUUUGGAGAAAUUGAGACAGUACGCUUCCUGCUAGACUGGGGUGCUGACCCCCACAUCCUGGCCAAGGAGCGGGAAAGCGCUCUGUCGCUUGCCAGUAUGGGUGGUUACACGGACAUCGUGAGGUUGCUGCUUGACCGUGAUGUGGACAUCAACAUCUAUGACUGGAAUGGGGGGACACCACUGCUCUACGCUGUGCGUGGGAACCAUGUGAAGUGUGUGGAGGCCUUACUCGCCCGAGGUGCUGACCUCACCACAGAGGCCGACUCUGGCUACACCCCAAUGGACCUCGCCGUGGCCCUAGGAUACCGCAAAGUGCAACAGGUGAUGGAGAGCCACAUCCUCAAACUGUUCCAGGGUACCCUGGGGCCUGCGGACCCGGAGUGAAGACAGCCUGUUGGGAACCCAGGCACUCAGGGACAAACCAGUCAGCCCACAACUGGCUUGGAAGGCAGCUCCUGGACAGUGGUGGGAAGAGCCCUCCCCAACAGGAACCAAUAAAUCUGUGCAGAACUUGAA